AUGGUAUCGGAGACUGGGCUACCCCUCUUCGUCUAUGAGCCAUUAGCUGCAGACGAGAUUCGUCUACUAGAAAUUCUCCCCGGCAAAGGAGCAGACAAAAUAUUUUGCAGGCUUCGUCAUGCUUUGCCAAAUGACUGUCCUACAUACGAAGGCUUGUCAUAUGUCUGGGGAACAUCAGGCCCAACACAUUCGGUUAUUAUCCUGAGCAACAACGGAGAACAAUAUCGCUUUCCCAUUUCGCAAAAUCUCUCAGAUGCACUACACUGUCUUCGAGAUUCGCCCACUUCACGCACACUCUGGAUCGACGCGCUUUGCAUCAACCAAGCCGACGAUGCCGAAAAGUCCUCACAAGUUAUCCGAAUGAAAUCGACCUUUGAGAACGCAUCCUGA